UCGUAAAAAAAACAUGACAAAAAUAUACAAUAAUUUUUAACGUCUUGUGAAGGCUUAUUAAGAUUUUUAUUGUAUUUAAAUGGAAAUGUAUUAUAGAACUUAGUUAUUUUACUGUCACGUUGGCAAUUGCAAAAAAGGGCCUCCGCUCGGCUUGUUUAUCUUUUACUACCACCGAUUAUCUAAUAUUUAUUGAUUUCCAUGUGUAAUUAAUGAUUGUAAUCACCGUUUCAUGUAUCCCUAUUUACAUGAAUGACAAAUAAGCCGUAAUCAAAUGUCAUUACGGGUCUAUUUUCCUGAUGUAGCGCUUCGGGAGGGAUACUUUCGACAAAUAUUUCCACUGCUGUGAUCAUAUAAAUUGUGUUCUCCAAGAUGAUGUGGGACGAGCCCAUGUUCGAGGCGGUCUGCCGCCUCUGUGCGGGCUCCGAAGACGUCUGCAUCCCGAUUUUCAGCAAGGAUGGUGAUACUAGGCUCUCAGAGAAGAUCAAAAGAUGUUUACCGAUGAUUUCGGUGUCCCAGGCUGAUGAGAAACCGAAGCAACUAUGUUACCACUGCUUAUCAAAACUCGAGUUGUGCUAUGAAUUAGUUGAAUGCAGCUUGGCCUCUGACUACAAGUUUGACUCAAUAAUCCACUCUCAGAAUGGCAACUUUAUGUGUACGGAUGCAAACCAGAAGCUCAUGAUGCCAGUUUUACAAGAUGAAGAGGAUAAACACAACUCGAUGCAAGCAAUUCCAACUGCCCUGGAGGUGAGUUCGUUAAUCGAGCAGGACAACAUGUGGACACUCAUGAGAGAGGCAGCUGAAGAGCUACACAAUCCUGGCUCUCAAAACUCUCUGGGCCACCAUAGUCCAUCGCCCUUAGACCCAUCGCCACAACAGAAUUUGCAGUCCUCGGUCACUUUGGAGCAGGUGGCUCUGGACCAAAUCCCUUCAGACAGACUCAUAGUUCUGGGAAAAGUGGACGCUAGGGAAGAAGUCAGAAAUAUCGAUCCUUUGGCAAUUAAUAGAAAUUUGCCUGAUGGCUGUACGGAUAUUUUGCUAAUGGUUGAGUUGAAGUACAAAGACUUGCUGAGCGGAGAGGCUAACGGAAAGGUCUCUACCAUCACUUACACAAAUCAAACCUCGGCUGUUUUAAAUCAAUUGAAAGUUAAUCAGGACCAAGAGCCUUUGGUAGACCUUGUGGCAACUGCUCAAAACACUGAUUGUGAGGCCCUCAUGGCUGCUCACCAAGCUCACCCAAUUGACCAAAGCGUUAGUGAGGGCAUCAAGUAUCAGCAGACGUCGCCCAAAACAAAGCCUCAGGAGAAGUUUCCGUGUGAGAUUUGCAAGAAGCUGUUUGUUCGUCGCUCCAAUCUGAAGGUGCACAUGGCUGCUCACUCUGACAUUCGCCCAUUUGCCUGUGACAUCUGUGCCCAGCGCUUUCCCUCACAGUGGGCCGUCACCCUUCACAAACGGCUGCACAGCGGAGACUUCUGCUGCGAAUUUUGUGGCAAGAAGUUUUCGGUCAAGGGCAAGCUAGAGCGGCACCGGCGCAUCCACACAGGUGAAAAGCCGUUUGUCUGUCCUAAGUGCUCAAAAGCGUUUUCGGACAAGCGGAACUUGCAGUCUCACAUGCGGUGCCACACUGACGAACGGCCCUACUCGUGCGACGUGUGCCACAAGGCCUUCCGGGCCAAGUCUCACCUGAUCGACCAUAACCGGGUGCACACAAUCGAAAAGCCCUUCAUCUGCCACAUAUGCGGAAAGAGCUUUAAGUGGAAGCCGACCCUGAACCUGCACCUCAAGUGCCAUGCUGGUGAGGUCUUCACCUGCAACAUCUGCGGCAAGACCUUCUCUCGGAGGGCCGACCUGAAGAAGCACAUUUUGUGCCACACGAUGGACCGGCCCUACAAGUGCGAGGUGUGCGAAAAGAGUUUCAAAGAUCCAAAGACUCUACGCAAACACCGCAAAAACCACACCGACAACUUGCCAGGUGGCAUCUACAAAUGCAUCAAGUGUGACAAGAUCUUCCGCUCUCGCUGGUACUUGCAAAACCAUUUUGCCAGCCACUACAAGAUGCCAUUUCACUGUGAGGUGUGUGGUGAAUAUUUUGAAAGCAAGGGUAACUUUGUGGUCCACCUCAAGUCGCAUGACAUGCAGGAGUUUGCCAUCAAACAGAACAACGCCACAACCUCAAUGGUAAAUCUGUAAUAUUGAUAAUGAUAAUUGUGAAGAGUAUUUUGGCUGUUCAAGUAUAUAAAUAUUAUUGCUGUAUGAUAAUUGAUUGUGAUACAAGUACUACAACAACAAACUGCUGUUAUUAUGAUCGUUUUUUAAUUUUGUGUUCAUUUUUCUGUAGAAUCUCGACUUUCUCAAAAAUGGAUUUUUAGACGAACCAUUUUUUAUUGUGAACUUUGACUAUGAUAAAUGAUGAUCAUGCAUUGUGAAGUAAUAUUAAUUCAUGAAUAAUUAUGUGAUUAGAGCCCAUAUCAGGGAUGUAAUUACCAAAGAUGGUGUCAUUUUCAGCAUGUAACUGUCGCCCAUCUGACAUCAUUUUAAUUUGAUCACAAACAAACGCAUUUCUCUCCGGUUAGAAUUAAUUAUUAAUAGUAAUAUUUGUUGAUAGAAUUCUUUUUGACCUCCUCAUUACUCAUAAGCUUUGGUAGCCAACAAUUGUAAUUUUGUGCUGAUAAUAAUUCAUAAGUCUGCCGGUAUUUUUCCCCACUACGAAUGCAGAAAUUUGCAUUUUCCUUUCGGCCCGCUCCUUUCAAAGAAGUGGGGAUUUUAAAAAGCAAUAAUUGUGUAAAUUUAUUUUUAAGUUGCAACCUUUGAAUCAAAAUGUUCACUUUACAAACACGGGCACUUCAUUGCAGUCAUUUUCAAUUUCCUGACGUAUUCCAGUAACGGGUAUUCAUGUUUCAACAUAAUCGUGAUGGUGAUUGAUGUUUUCAGAGAAAGAAAGUGAAUAAUGCAACAACAACAAAACCUCUCAUAGAUCUGCUGUGUAUAAAAAAAAAUGUUUUUACGAAUGUAGUAGCUGUAAGGUGUUGUACAUUAAUCGAAUAAGUUCAUUGAUUUCUCUCGCCUGAUAGGUUUUCACAACAAUGGUUUCAGCUAACAUCGAUUGCACUUAAAUAGAAGCAUCAGCAACAAAAAUGAGCUAACAUUAGCCCUUACAAGUUAUUAUAGAGAUGUAAUCGAAGCAUUACAAAAUGCAAUAUUUAAGUGUGUCACUCUCACAUAUUAACCCAGCAUUUUACGGACUUAAUUCUCUUUGAUGUGUAUUCAAUUGUGAUGAUGUUCUUACCUAAAUGAAAUUUCUAUAUUAAUAUAUAAAUAUUUAUUAAAAAAAACGCUGGUGUCCCAAACGGACGGCAUUGAUAUAGUAUUAAUACGGAUCGAUUAAUGCUGUUGCUACUACUGAAUGGAAUCCUAAAUUUUCAUUGUGAAUAUAUUUCAGACUGCUUUUCAGUGAUAAAACGACGACUACAACUAAAAAGAGUUUAACGACGUUUGUAUUUUAUUCAGAUUAAAAACAAAAAGAUUGAAAAAUGAAAGCUUAGCUGUGCCAGUAAAUUUAAUGUCGAUAAAAGAAAAUCUUGGAGUAAUGAUAAUUUGCGUAGAGAGACAAUUUUUUAACCCGGCUUGGAGCGUUCUCGCGGCGAAUGGGAAUUUUGUCGCCGCUCAUAUAAUACAUUUUAGUUUUAGUUGCGUAGGAGACUUUACUUUUGACAAAGUCGCUGUUAGAUAGCAUGAUGCAUGCGUCGUAUUUUACUACAAACUAGGCGAUUAAGAUGAUAAUUGCAUUAAAAUGUGACUAGUGAUAUAUGGAGCAUCUUUCAUGCAAGGUGAGACAAAUCGGAGAUAAUCUUAAACCAUGCAUUGAUUGGCAAAUUGUGUACAUCAUGAUGUAAUAAAUUGGACAG